AUGAAACGAGGGUUGUUCCGACCGGUUCGGGGGUUCCAGGCGAUGGUGGCCCUCCUCACCCUCUUCAUCGUCUACUACACUUACUGGGCUCUCCAUCUCACGCCAGAGUAUGAUCGGGGCUUCUACCUAGACGACACCGAGUUCGUCAAGGCCGCCACCUACGACCCGGAAAUGCGCAGCACCCUUCUGAAAUGGCGCCGGGAACACAUCAAUCAGGUCCCCGGUAACGAUAUCGAGGACCCUAGUCUCACCAAGGCCAUUGAAGACAUCCGCUCCCAGAUCGUCGCCUACGAUGAAGACGCCGAUCUUUGGGACUGCGAUCCUACCUUAAAGCUCCCGCUUGCCGUGGCUAUCCCUGAGUACUUUACUAAUCAAAAUUCAGUGAAACCGCCAGUACAGCCAUUUGACGCCCGCCUCACGCUUGCAGUAUACUAUAACCACUUGUACCGCUUGCUUGAAAAAGGCCAACCGUUGCGAGUACCGUUCCACUGGCUGGACUGGGUCGAUCUUUCCAAAGUGCAUAAAUACAUCUAUGAUCGCCAGCCGCUGGACGCCGACAUGUGUCGCCAGCUCUUCGAUCUAUCGGGGGACGAACACAAGCAGCUUCGCUUCGGGCUGACGGUAAAACCCGUCGAAGAAUACUGUCGGGAAAAUCCCAACCUGCUCACCGGAUUCGAAGUUUUCGCUGCGUCGGGGCGCCACACCGCCGACGGUAAAGACCUUUCCGGAAAACUAUUCUUGCAUUCUACGGCGGCGCCUACGCCCCACCGGAUAGUGUUUUUGACCAACUCUCACAUUGAUGUCCCGUUGGAGGUGGAAGUGGAAAAUGACAUCAACGAUAUCGAGUACAGUUUGAUGCACUCGCAGAUUUUGGAAGCGGGGCUUAACGACACUAGCAUUUACCCCAACCGCUCCCACGUCAACGUGCUUGAGCUGUAUCGCCGGCUAGCAUCGAAAUCGCAAACCAACCCAAAGACUCUGGCUACUAAUUACAUGUGGCUUGAGGAAAGCGAUUUCGACGUUAACCCGAAAGCGGCAUUGGAAUCCAUCGAUAACAGUCUUCCCUGGGAACUGGCGUAUGCUGACGCCAUCGACUUCUCUUUAAGUGUCGAUAAACCCCCCAAAUACUUUAACGAGGCCAACAUCCUCAAGCUGGUGACCGACUACGCCUUCGGAGACCACUACGACUGGCGGUUUUUCAAAGGGAUCAUCACCUCCGACAUUCGCAAAUCUGCAUCGCUUCACCGCUUGAUUAAAAACUACCUUAACUUUGCCCGCCAAACCGAGUUGCGGACGUGGAUUGCCCAUGGACUGUUGCUUGCAUGGUACUGGAACGGGAUUGCGUUUCCUUGGGACCAAGACGUCGACGUACAGAUGCCCAUUGCCGAUUUACACUCGAUGUGUCGCCGGUACAACCAGCUGGUAGUGGUGGAAAACGUCGGUGACAACAAAGGCAAUUUCGACGGGUUUGGCCGGUACUUCCUCGACUGUGGCUCAUCGAUCACCCACCGCAACAAGGGCAACGGCUUGAACGGAAUUGAUGCGCGGUUUAUCGACGUCGAUCUGGGACAAUAUGUUGACAUCACCGGGCUCGCGGUAUCGGAGGACAAAAUGCCCGCUGACCUUUACCAGUAUGCCGAUUCUGAGCAGCGGCGGAUGUCUCUGUUUGACCGCAAUAAGGCGAUGACGGUGUAUAACUGCCGCAACGACCACUUUGUUAUGCUCCACGAGCUCCUGCCGUUAGUGCCCGCGGUGAUUGAGAAUCAGGUGGGGUACAUACCCCACGAUGUCGUGCAGCCGUUGUUGCAAGAGUAUGGGCUCAAAUCCGUCACCAACGUCGUCCACCACAACUAUCGGUACCUGCCCGAGCUCAGAAUCUGGGAGUUGAAGUCAUUAUUGCGAGACUAUCUCAAAAACCCAGAAAAAUGGCUCGACGAUCACCCGAUAAAACUAGGCCCCGAUUGGGACACGGUGAACGCCUCACGCAAUAUUAAUUUUGACGACGAUCAUGCAUGGGACAAUGACUUUGACGGGCUUACCAACAUCGAUGUCGCCCAGCUCUUGAAACACCCGCUGGUGUUCCGCAAACAGUAUAAGCUGCGAUGGUUCACCCGCUACAACCAGGGCGAAGUCGACCGCGUUAUCAAUUUCAGGUAUGCCGAGCAAUUGAUGGCGGUGCAUGAGUUGAUCAAAUCGGAGCCGGCGCUAGGCCUGGGGCUCGAGCCUGACUACUCGAUGACGCAAUUAAUCAAGGACGGUGACGACUACGCCGAGCGGGUGAACCAGAUGGUGGGUCUAGCCGCAGCGAUGGGGUAA